CGGGCGAAGAGAGAAGGAGGAGCAGCAGGGGCAGGGCGCACCAUGCCGGGCUGGAAGAAGAACAUCCCCAUCUGUUUGCAAGCCGAGGAGCAGGAGAAAGAUGAGAGUCCCUACACUAAGUCCGCCAGCCAGACAAAGCCACCUGAUGGAGCGUUGGCUGUGAGGAGACAGAGCAUCCCAGAGGAAUUCAAAGGUUCCACGGUUGUGGAAUUAAUGAAGAAAGAAGGUACUACCCUAGGGCUUACAGUGUCGGGUGGAAUUGACAAGGAUGGAAAACCAAGAGUAUCUAACCUUCGGCAAGGUGGAAUUGCUGCCAGAAGCGAUCAGUUAGACGUGGGAGACUACAUCAAAGCCGUGAAUGGAAUCAACCUCACCAAAUUCCGCCAUGAUGAGAUCAUCAGUCUGCUGAAGAACGUUGGGGAAAGGGUCAUCCUCGAAGUGGAGUAUGAGCUCCCACCCAUCUCUGUACAAGGAUCUGGCGUUGUGUUCCGAACGGCAGAGGUUACUUUACAUAAAGAAGGCAACACUUUUGGUUUUGUGAUACGAGGUGGAGCACAUGAUGACAGAAAUAAAUCUCGUCCUGUUGUAAUAACAUGUGUUCGACCUGGAGGGCCUGCUGACAGAGAAGGCACAAUCAAAGCUGGUGACAGGCUGCUGAGUGUGGAUGGAAUCAGACUUGCUGGUAACACACAUGCUGAAGCAAUGAGUAUUCUCAAACAGUGUGGGCAGGAAGCAACACUGGUGAUAGAAUAUGAUGUCUCAGUAAUGGAUUCAGUGGCAACAGCCUCUGGGCCACUGCUUGUUGAAGUUGCCAAAACCCCUGGUUCCAGUCUUGGUGUUGCACUGAGUACCUCAAUGUGCUGCAACAAACAGGUCAUCAUCAUCGACAAAAUCAAAUCUGCAAGUAUUGCCGACAGAUGUGGUGCAUUGCAUGUUGGAGAUCAUAUUCUUUCCAUCGAUGGAACUAGCAUGGAAUAUUGCACCAUGGCUGAAGCAACACAAUUCCUUGCCAAUACUACAGACCAGGUCAAGCUUGAGAUCCUUCCCUAUCACCAGACUCGAGUAGCACUGAAGGGACCUGACCAUGAUAAAGUUCAGAGGAGCAACAGGCAACUUACCUGGGAUUCCUGGGCCAACAACCACAGCAGGCUACUCACCUAUGACCAUUAUAACACCUACCGCCCUGACCAUUGCAGGAUGGCAGCCUGGAAAUUCCAGAAACCACCUCCUCCGAAAAACCCUCCAGCUAUGGUGUCUUCAUCCAUCUCUCCUACCUCCAUGAGUGGGUAUAGCCUGAAUUCCCUGAACACAGGGACGUUACCUCGAGGCGUCUAUACUACCAGCCCACGUGGGACUAUGAUGAGGAGGAGACUGAAAAAGAAAGACUUCAAAAGCUCACUGUCUUUGGCCUCCAGUACUGUUGGCUUGGCUGGGCAGGUCGUCCACACUGAAACUACAGAGGUAGUGCUGACCGCCGAUCCUGUCGUGGGAUUUGGCAUACAGCUCCAGGGCAGUGUAUUUGCCACCGAGACUUUAUCUUCUCCACCACUGAUCUCCUAUAUUGAAGCUGACAGCCCAGCAGAAAGGUGUGGAGUACUGCAAAUUGGAGACAGGGUGAUGGCGAUCAAUGGAAUUCCCACCGAAGACAGCACAUUUGAGGAAGCCAGUCAGCUUCUCCGAGAUUCCUCCAUCACCAGCAAGGUCACUUUGGAAAUAGAGUUUGAUGUGGCAGAGUCUGUAAUUCCGAGCAGUGGAACAUUUCAUGUGAAGCUGCCCAAGAAGCACAGUGUGGAGCUUGGAAUCACCAUAAGUUCACCAGCGAGCAGAAAACCAGGAGAUCCCCUUGUUAUCUCAGAUAUCAAGAGAGGGAGUGUGGCUCACAGAACUGGGACCCUAGAACUUGGGGACAAACUGCUGGCUAUUGAUAACAUCCGACUGGACAACUGCUCCAUGGAAGAUGCAGUUCAGAUUCUCCAGCAGUGUGAGGACCUUGUGAAGCUCAAAAUCCGUAAAGAUGAAGAUAACUCCGAUGAACAAGAGAGCUCUGGAGCCAUUAUUUACACUGUGGAGCUCAAGCGCUAUGGAGGCCCCCUUGGCAUCACGAUUUCGGGAACAGAGGAGCCUUUUGAUCCCAUCAUUAUCUCCAGCCUCACUAAAGGAGGAUUAGCAGAAAGAACUGGUGCAAUCCACAUUGGCGAUCGAAUCCUAGCCAUCAACAGCAGUAGCUUGAAGGGAAAACCUUUGAGUGAAGCCAUCCAUUUGUUACAGAUGGCAGGAGAGACUGUCACCUUGAAAAUUAAGAAGCAGACAGAUGUCCAUUCAGCAUCAAGUCCCAAGAAAUUCCCCGUUCCCAGUCAUUUAAGUGAGCUGAGUGAUGUAGAGGAUGAAACAUCUACUCCACAGAAACCAGGCAAACACUCCGACAUUUACUGCGGUACAGCACCCAGCGUGGACAGUGCUGUUGAAUCAUGGGAUAGCUCUGGUAUGGAUACCAGCUAUGGAAGUCAAGGCCCUAGCCUCCAGGCUUCGGGAUCCAAUUUCAAUGCAUUUGAAUGGAGGAAUCCUAAACAAAGAGGUGGUUUGUCCCCAACAAGCAAGACAUUAAACCAAGAAGUGGAUCUGAGUGAUUAUGAAUGGGAAAGACCAGCAGCUAGUGGUUUUCCAGGGACUCACAGCAAUGCUGAUGGGGAACAGGAAGAGAAUUUCUGGUCUCAGGCGCUGGAGGACUUAGAAACCUGUGGACAGUCAGGAAUCCUGAGAGAGCUCGAGGCAACAAUCAUGCUGGGGAGCACACUGAGCUUGAAUCAUGAGGCAUCCACACCGUCACGUGGUCAAUUGGGACGCCAGGCCAGCUUCCAAGAACGGAGCAUGUCCCGGAGCCACUACAGCCAGACGACUCGAAGCAACACCCUGCCCGUCGAUAUGGGUAGGAAGUCUAUGCCCCCAAGAAAAAUCAAGCAAGAAAUCAAGGAGAUCAUGUCCCCAACUCCUGUGGAACUGCACAAGGUAACCUUGUACAAGGAUUGUGACAUGGAAGACUUUGGGUUCAGCGUAUCAGAUGGACUGCUGGAAAAAGGAGUAUAUGUUAAAAAUAUUCGCCCCACUGGACCAGGAGACCUAGGUGGCUUAAAGCCAUAUGACAGGCUCUUACAGGUUAACCACGUCCGUACGAGGGACUUUGACUGCUGCCUCGUUGUGCCCCUCAUAGCAGAAUCUGGCAAUAAACUGGACCUGGUUAUUAGCAGAAAUCCCCUGGCAUCCCAGAAGGUGGUCCCAGAUCAACAACGUACUUUACCUGGUGGAGAGUGGGGAGACCAGAACAGAGCUUUCUUUCAACAAACUGGACAUGGUGGUAGUCUGGAGACACGAGAACCCACUAAUACAUUAUAGCAAAGAUUUUUAUAAAAUGACAAAGGACAAUAUAUACAUGGUGCUAAAAAAAAAAUCCCUUUAAAAUAUCUGUGACAUUUGAGGCACAGAUCAAUCAUGUGGCAUUAAUUGUAAAGCACAGGGGCUUUUAAAUGUCUCUCAUGGCUCAUGUUCACUAUUCUUUUAAAAUUGGAAGUUUUUCUGGUAACCACUAUGAUAAAUGGCAGGCCAAGCCCAAUGAUAAGAGCAAAAAAGAUAAUGAAAAGUAGGUAGGUCUUUUCUUCCCUCCCAUUAAUAAAGGAUCUUUUAAAAAGUCAAUUUCAUACUUUCAUCUUAAUAUGACUGGUUUUGAGAAAGAAAAAAAAAAUCUCAUUUUCUAAAAUAUCCUUUAUGAUAAAAUCUUAUAAUUCACUUUUAAACCAGCUGGUUACUGGGUCUUAAUGUAACAGUAAGCUGUAUGAACAAGGCUCUUUGUAAAUUUAGCUUUAUUAUGGGUAGUGUUUUGUGAACUCUUGGUCUGCUACAAUGGGAGGGGUGCAGAUACAAAAUUAAGUUCUAUUAAAGUAUUUCCACAAACAUGCACGUAAGAGGCUGUGGUAGGUGGUGGUGAAAUGUAUUGCCCAAGUAUAGGAACAAUUUUACUAGGAUGUAUGUUAUUCCCUAUGCAAGAAAAUACUAAACAGGUCAUGUCUUGGGACCUGUAAUUUUUUUUUUUUUUUAAAGAAUGGGGAUUAUUUCUUAAGUAGCUGAAAACCUCUGAAAAAGGACUACAUUACAGUAAAAACUCAAUCUGAGGGUAUUUGUUCUUAAGUUCAUUUGUUUUCCUUUUUUAAAAAGACUUAAAUAAACACCUGUAACAAAGAACAAAGUGUAUUCAAAUGAGGUCAACUUAAUGCCAGGCAAAUCAAAUCCAUAUCACUACAUAUGUUGUUUUGACAGAUUGAGGGGCGUAUAGCACAUGUAUUUAGAAAUUCCACUGAAAUAUAUUUUGUUCUGAGCCAUGCCACUUAGAGAUUGUAAAUACAUUUUACAAAAUACAUUGCCAAUUCCUACCACCCCUCAAAGCAAUAAAUGGUGACAACUGCUUCUUAUCCUCUUGAGCAACUGUUUUCAGUUGUUUGGAUAUUUUGAGUAAUCACAGUAAUAACUUAUCUGUUAAAUAUAAAAAAAAAUUAACUAGAUAUAUAUAUAUUGAUUGUAGAACCUUCAUUAACAAAAUAGUAAUUUUCUAACCCUUUUCGUUUGGGUUAAAAAUUCAAACACCAUUUAGACAAAGUAUCACUAUCUUCUUUACCCUUAUUACAUGAAAAAGCUCACCUUCCUUUUGUGCACACACAAAUGUU